AUGGCGCCGCUCGGCCAGACGAUCGCCGUGAUUGACAAGUCCGGCAAGGUCGUCAGCACGAGUAAACACCUGUUCGGGGUCUUCAGCCAAGCCAAGGCAGCCUACAAGGAACGCAAGUCGCAUUUCAGUUCGGAGCGCAAUGCCAAGAUUGCGGAGCAGCAGGCCCUGCAGGCCCUGGCCACCUACCAGAUCGAUGACUCGCCGUCAAUAGGCUCUCGACGCAGUCACCGCAGCAAGUCGCGGCAUCACACGAGUCGCAGCCAGCAUCCCCACCGGCCUCCCUCGCGCUAUGAACAGGAUUUACAUUCCGCGACGGGGCGGCCCGAGUCUUACUAUGGAUCGGGCGAGGGCCUUCCCCGGCGUCAUACUCACCAUGCACUCUCCGUCCGAGAGCCCACUCGCCCAGUAACUGCCCGAUCUAAGUCAGAUGCCCAUAUCGACAUGGACCUGGCUUACGGCGAUGCCCAUCCCACGGCCCUGUCGAGAUACAGCCCGCCGGAGCCUGGCGUCGACGACCAAAAGCAGCUGGAUGGGCUUGUGAGCCGUGCACAGUGGCUAUUAGAAGAAGCCCACUGUGUCCAACACAGCGCAACCGCCACCAUAUCUCAUCUGCAGAAGAAUCCUGAUGCCAUGGCUGCCGUCGCCCUCACCCUGGCUGAAAUCAGCAACCUGGCCAGCAAGAUGGGCCCCGCGGCCCUUUCCGCCUUCAAGUCCGCUGCCCCGACUGUCUUCGCCCUUCUCGCCUGCCCACAGUUCCUCAUUGCCGCCGGCGUUGGCCUUGGGGUGACCAUCGUCAUGUUCGGCGGCUACAAGAUCAUCAAGAAGAUCCAGUCCGGCAACACAGCCGAAGUGGAAGUGGAAGAGUCGACCGAAAUGGACGACAUGAUGGAAUUGAACAUGGAAUCCGAGAGCCGAGUCGAGAUGUGGCGUCGCGGCGUGGCCGACGUGGAAGCUGAAAGCGUUGGCACCUCUGUCGACGGCGAGUUCAUCACACCCAGGGCUGCAGCCAUGUCAGGCAUCGACGUGUCCACGGCCCGGGCAGAAAGAGACCCGCGCUUCAGAUUUGAUGACGGCUCUGUCGCAUCGUCGCGGCGAUCACACCGCUCGCGCACCUCUCGUGCACCCACCAGUGCCGAGUCCCGAACUGGGCGCUCCAAGAGAGAGCCGGACACCAGCUCCAAGGCCCCGUCUGGCUUCUUCGGGCGAUCCUCCAAGGCACCGACAAAGGCUCCCAGCCGUGCACCCAGUCAAACACCGAGCAGAGCCGCCUCCAAGGCUGACACGCACAUUUCCGAGAAGGAGAAGCGGCCCACGGAGAAGAAAAAGAAGAAGGGCCCGAGCCGCCUGCGCCUCAUGUUCACCCCCUAA